UCAUCUGAAUGGAAUAUCUUGGGGUUCUUAGACGAAUGUGAAGAAGAAAAGUUCGAUCUGAUGAUAGAUCAAUACACUAAAAGCCUCGAGAAAAUUGCUAACGAUGAAAAAGAUUCCAGGGGCGAAAAAGCACAAAAGUGGCUUUCUAGGUUGCCUGACGUUCAAGAUCCCGCCAGGACGCAGGGUAUUCGGUUGGAUUAUCACCUGGCAAGGGCGUGGGAGAAAGGACAAUCUAAAAGACAGAUCCAAUGCUACCAACAGACAUUCCUUGAAGGCGGAACUAUAAAUGGAAGCGUAAAUGGAAAUAUAACUUGUGGAAAUUUCACUGGAUCCUCUAACCAACGAGGGGAGGAAGAGGUGGAUAAUCCCAAGGAAGAAAAAGUAUUAAGAAAAAAUCUACAAGACGCUGGGGACAGACAAAUUAUACCCUUGCCUCGGACUCCAGAAAAUCAAAACUUAGAUCAAAACCAUGAUGAUAGAGUUGAUGACGAGAACGUAAACUUUAUACUGCAGUUUUGUGUACCUGAUGACGAUUCUCAAAAAGUAACAGAAUCAAUGAUCGGAAAAGUCGAAAGAACGGCCCUAAUAAUGGAUGACGUCAAUUUGGAAGAAACUUUUGAAUGUUAUUGUAAUGAGUGUGAAAACAUUUUUGACUUAUGUCAUAGCGACAUAAUGGAUCUUAGGCCUGGAUCUAAGUUUACGGAAAAAAUCUCUGAAGCAAUAUGGGAAAAUUUUAUAUCGAAUACAUAUCCUGAAUACAAAUUACCCAAAAAAUGGGAAGAAAUAAUAAACGAAGUUUUCAAACCAAAAGAUUCUUUAUUAGAAUGGAUUAAAUGCUGGCGUGGGCUUUAUGUAAUUUCCGGUGAAAACGAAUGCGAUGAAGACCUUUAUAUAAAGGAUACAAUCUAUAACAUUCUUGCACCAUAUAUUAAAGUAUUCAAAGCACCAUACAAUAUAUUAAAAUCAGGAGACCUCGAAGAAAAUCAGUUCAAUGCACAGUUCGUAAAUCCGAUAUUUAACAACACACUUGAUGCUAUUUGUAAUGUCGACUGGCGAAUUCUCGAAGUCCCGAUCGAAAGCAGUAAGCACCGACGUAACACAAAUCUCAACCCAAUUAUUGAUAAAGUUUUAUCAGCAAAACGUGCGGAUGGUUUAGCUCGCCUCUGGAUAAGCCGUGAGGAAGUAUUCAUAUACGAACAAGUCGGUCCCCCCGACUACAAUGAUCUUACAGAACUUUAUCUUCACGACUAUAAGCUUAUUAGAACUAUGCGGGAUAUCCUAAAUCAACGUAUAAUUUUUCGACUUACCAAUGGAACAUCGGAUAAUAAAGAUUUAGCGAGCUUCGGUGCUUUGGGAGUCCCUCUUCUUUGGGAAGAUCUUCCUGUAUUAUCCGAAGCAAUUAUAAUGUGCUUGAAAUUCUUUUCCUUUGUGAAAGAAAAUACAGAGAACCGAAAAUUAUUUAUUGAUCCAAAGCAGAAAUUGCUUGCCAAGCGGAAG